AUGCCUUUUAUCAACGACCCCAAUGGCAAAGAAGUUGUCCCCAUCAGAAUCAAUGGUGUCAAUGAACCCUUAGAUGCAACUCGCCUCAUUCCCGUCGAGUCCAGCAGUCAGGAUAAAAUUGUCCAUUAUGCCCAAAGUGCGACACCUGAGUUGGCCAUCAAGGCCGCUGAGGAAUCCUACAAGGCGUUUCGGAAGUGGAAGAACUCUACCCACACUGAGCGUCGAGACUUGCUUCUUCGAACGGCUGAUGUGAUUGAGGCCUGGACUGAUCGCUUCGUCGAACUGCAAGUUGCUGAAACUUCUUGCCCCGAAGGCUGGGCUCGGUUUAAUGCCAUUAUCUUGAUACGAUGCCUGCGUGAGAUUGCCUCAAACGUCUCGCAUGCCACGACAGGUGAACUGCCAUCUUUAGAGACUCCUGGAUCGCUUGUAUUGGUUUAUAAAGAGCCGGUUGGCCCUGUUCUUGCAAUCCCCCCAUGGAAUGCCAGUAUGGUCCUUUCUGGACGUGCACUGGCUGCUCCCAUUGGCGCUGGGUGCUCCGUUGUGCUCAAGGCAUCGGAAUUGUCCCCGGCAACGCAUCAGCUACUGGCUUUGGCUUUUGAAGAGGCUGGUAUGCCAAAGGGUCUCAUCAACGUAUUGCAAGCUUCGCGUGAGGAUGGCCCAGUUGUGACGGAAACGUUGAUUGCUCAUAGAGCCAUCCGCAAAGUCGAGUUCAUUGGUAGCGAUGCUGUGGGCCGCAUCAUUGGCCAACUUGCAUCCAAGUACUUGAAGCCAGUUCUGAUGGAGCUGGGAGGAAAAGCUCCUGCAGUUGUGCUCAAGGAUGCCGAUGUAAAGCAUGCAGCCGACAAGAUUGUUGAGGGUGCACUUUUACACCACGGACAGAUCUGCAUGUCUACCGACCGCAUUGUUGUGGUGCAGGAGGUUGCGGAUGAGCUUCUCAAAGAGAUCAAGACGGUCAUGAAGACAAAGUAUCCCAAAGGUGCUGGUCAUGCUGUCAGUAAAAGACUGGCCCAGAGGGCGCAUGACCUCUUGCACAAAGCCCAUGCUGCAGGAGCCCGUUUCCUCGUGGGAGACGCAAGCCUCAACGCAGCUGGAACCAGCUUAACGCCGACCAUCAUCACCGACGUGAAGCCUACAGACACAAUUUACCAAGAAGAGAUUUUUGCUCCCGCCGCCAUUUUCAUCACCGUCAAGGACGAAGAUGAAGCCGUCGAAGUUGCCAACGACACGUCAUAUGGCCUGAACGCGGCGGUUCAUAGCCGAGAUGUCUUCGCCGCCAUUCGCGUUGCCAAGCAAAUUGAGGCAGGACAGGUUCAUAUUGGCAACAUUACGGAGUAUGAUGAGCCCAAUAUCCCGAUUGGAGGUACGAAGGGCAGUGGUUGGGGAAGGAAUAACGGCAAGUAUGCUCUGAGCGAGUUUUUGGUGGAGAAGACUAUUUCGAUUCACGAUCCUGCUGCAUCUGGGGUUGAAUUUGGAAAAUGA